AUGGUGAAUUGCAGCGGUACAGUUGCGAUAGCAACAAAAUCAACUGAAACGGGUAUUGCUUGUGAACUGGUCAAUCCACAGUGGCUGCAAGCCGUUCCUGAACGAUGGACCGGUGAUGAAUACGAGAAGGUAAAGGAAUCUCUACAACGCAGAGUCAGUACAAAAGCUCAGCCGACCAAACCCGCAAGAUGUAGACGAAGCUCACCCAAAGGCAAAAGUCCCAUGGCAAAAAGGCUGAAUAGGGCACGAAGAAAACGUUAA